CUAACUCGGUGCCCCUCGGAGGUCGGUCUCCGCGGCGCCGCGUCCUUCUGUGGUCCUCCUGGAGGGGCGGCCCGGCAGGGGGCGCGCUGCCGCUGUCGGUGCGGAGCGGCGGGAUGGAGCCGCUGCUGGGAUGGCGGUUCGAGGAGUCCCUCUUCGCCCCCAGCCGGGAGCGGGGCCCGGGCGGCGGGGCCGGGCCGACCCCCGGCGCGAAGCACUGCGAGCCCUGUUGGUUUUGCGGCGCGGCGGGCGGCGGGGAAGGCGCCGAGGAGCUCACGGCCAGCAAGUUCAUGGCGGACUGGGCCUACCGGCAGCGGGAGUUUGAGAAAGCCCUGUGUGAAUACUCAAACUGCUUACAACUCCUACCUCCCAGUAACGUUGCAAUGAGACGAGAUGUCCAAGAGGGCCAGGCUCGGUGUUUGUCUCGCCUAGGAAGGCACCAGGAGGCUCUGGAUAUUGCAGAAAAAAUGAGAAACAGUGCUACAAACACAGAUCACUUAACAACAGUUCUCAACCUGCAGUUUGCCAUUUAUCAGGGUCUAGAAAACAUAGGAAGAAAAAUUAUGUGUCUGCAGCAACUGAUCUGCUUACAUUCUUUCAACCCUUGGUACUGGAAGUUACUUGCUGAAGCUUAUAUGAGCCUUUUACAGAGUUCCUCUCCAGCAGUCAUUCCAGAAACAAACUCUUAUCAGUCUGAAGAGGUUAGUGUCAGUGAUAGUAGUUUCAAAACGUCAGCUGAAAGAGAGGCUAAUCUGCAGCCUCACAAGUCAGACUGUGAGAAGGAAGACCCUUGCUCAGGCUUUGCUUCAGAAACAAAGAGGGAGAAUGCAGUGCCUUGCAAGAGCAGCCAAGCUGUAAAAGAAUUCCUCUGUGCUUCAGAAGAACUGGAAAGGACGGAUGAAGGGAAAUGCACAGCCUCUGAGUCUGGGGAGCAGAACAUAUCAAAGAAAGCUGGAACAAAGGCAUGUGCAUCGUUUAUCAGAGCAAGGCUUUUGCUUCAGCUCACCCAGUUGCAACAGGCAUCCUUUGCAUUAGAGAACAAUAUGAGAAGUCAAAAAGAAAUUGAGGACAAAGUGGCACAGCUUGGUUUCAAUGAAGACUCCUUGCUGCUGAUGACCAAGGUUAUGGGCCAGGAUCUUGUACCAGAAAAACUGAAAGAAGAAUUUCAGGGUGAGGUAAAAUGCAUAGGCCCUUCAGCACUGUCAUCAUUGGUAACUGCAUCAGCCACAGAGUUUGAAAUCAAGUGGUUCAGUAAUCUCCAAGAUGAUUUAUGUCACUGUGACAGGCAAUUCUGUUCAGAUAUGUAUCUCUCACCUUCUGUAUCUUGAAUGUUUUAUUGUGUUUAUUCUCACAUCUCCAAAUGAUUAUGAAACGACAUGUGCAAUAAAGUUCAUAUUACAUUUUU